AUGAAUGAUGCAGCUGUUGCAUUAGAUAGACCUCAAAUUAAAUGUUUAUACGAUUCCGAAAUGAAUAGGAUUACUGAUAUUAAGCAAAUUAAACCAGGUGAUCUUAUUAUAUGCUCAAUACUUGAUCAGGAUGAUCAAAGUCCCAUUCAACCAAUGAAAUUAUUUUCAUCAAGCGUGAAAUCACCAUCAAAAUUAGAUGAGUCAAAUAAGAACACAAAUAGACAAAACCCACCUUCCAAAAGUGAUAUUCGCAGUCCAUUAAAACAAAGCCCUCGAGCUCAAUCAAAAAUGGAUAUCCAAAGUCCAUCAAAGCAGAGAAUACCAUCACCGUCAAGAGGAAAUAAUGCAAGCCCGCGAAGAGAACCAUCUCCAAUUCGUGAAAAAGCGAAAUCAAAACAAAAUAUUAAACCAAACAGUCCAUUUUUACAAGAACAAUCGGAUUCCGAUACGUACCAAGAGCCAAAGAUAUCAUUACCACCAGACAAUACUCCGAAAAUCAAUUCCAGCCACAAAUCCGAGUAUCCACAACAUUUAUCAGACGUCAACGUCAAAUACGUAGAAGGAAUAUCAGAUGACGAUCAAAUCGAUAAUAAUUACGAUAAAAAAGGCAAAGGAAAAGAAAUAUUACUCGAUGAAAACGGAUCUCCCGAUAAUAAGUCAAUACAGUCAUCACCAAAGAAAUUGGGAGAUGCCAAAUCAUCAGUUACGAAGAAACAAUUCGAAACUCGUCAGUUUAUUUCUGAUAAUGCCGAAAGAAUCGAAGAAGCCGCGAAUAUGGAAGUUUUCAAAGCAUUUUCAUCAUUGAUUGGUGAUAUUACUACCCAUCCCCAUGAUUUGGAUGACAAAGCAAAAGAAAUUUUGAAAAAUCAUACUUUUAUUUGUCCAGGAAUGGAGAAUGGAUGUACAUUUAGUGGACGAAUAGCCAUAGUUGGUCCUAAUUCAUCUGGAAAAUCCACUUUCUUGCAGAUUUUGAGUAAGAAUUUUUAUCAAUAUUUAAUUUCAACAGGAAACAAGAGGAAUACAGCUGUUUUCUACUAUGAUUUCAAAUCCCUCGCUAAACAUACAUCCAAUAUCUUCGAUUUCUACGGAAAAUUCAUAAAUACAACUUUAUUACAGUUGGCAGACCAAUAUCCACUACUUAGGAUCCAUCCACAGCGAAAAGAUGCCGAAGAUUCAUCCCAUUCUUGCGAAAAGACCCCAAUUAUUGAUGAAAUUCUUCGAGGAUUUUUACAAUUCUCAAGGAACAAUACUUUUAAGCCAAUCAGUUCCAAGAUACUCCAUAUUCCUCCUUUUGAUACUCUUUCGCACGAAUUUAACACGAUUUUACACGAAAUUAAGAAUAUAAUUUCAAAUCCAAACGGAAUGAACGAUUUUCUUCGUCUUACAUUCAUUCUCCCGCAGAGGUUGUCACGUAUUCUUGAUUUCACAAAUGUUUUCUUCAUCAUUGACCACUUUGAUGACAUAGAUUUAGACGUAAAACCAGUUUCUCCAUUUUCAACACAAAAUGAAUCAAAAAUCAACGUCAAACAGAGGUCAGUGAAGAAGGAAACAAAAAUGUAUCACAUGAUUGAUUACGUUGAUACAUUACUUAUGAAUGAUUUCAUUGUUUCAUGUCGAAAUGAAGAAAACUUCAUGAGUUUGUUUGAUACAUUUAAUCUGAGAAUCCAAACAGAGUUUGUUAGUGUUGUUGGACUUGUUGAACACAGUAGUUGUCUUAAAGAAGUUAAAUUGGAGAUGAAGGACGGCUCCACAAUUGUUCUAUUGUCUGAGUACUUGAGUGGCUGCAGUGCUUUCAUUUCUAAGUGGGAAGAAAUUUCUGAGAAAAUAAAGACUUUGAAACCUUCAUCUUCAAUGCAGAUAACUCAGGAAAAAAUCAGACUCAAAGUAAGACAGAUACUCAAUGACUUGGUAGGAGAUAUAAUCUCUGACGUCAAAUCUUCUGUUGUCAAUUUCACUCCUGUUUUUAAGGAUUAA